UUUGAAUCGUGGCAGUCAACCAGGAAAAGCUCAUGGGAUGAUAAACAACAGGAGCGGCCCCUGAUUGCCAUUUCAUUGAAGGGCUUCCUGCAGUUCAUCUCCAGGCGGGGACCAGGCGAUCACGAUCUAGGAAACCAAUCGCCAAGUCGCCAAGUUUGCGGACAACAGAAAAGGGCAAAGCUGUUUCUGCACGUCCCUAACCCCUUCCAAAUCGCAGUGUCAGCAUUGCUUCUUCAGUGAGGAUCAGGGGUGUUCAAUUUCAGGAUAAUCAGGUCAGAGAGUGCUGGCUUGUGUCUGGGGGCAUGUCGUGAUUCAAUCGAGGGGUGCACCAGCAUCUCAUGAUGCAAAAGUCGUUGAUUGCAGCAAUGGCCACUUCUCAGGACCCCGCAGUGCCCUUCCAAUUCUGCCCCUGGGACGGGGUCCCUUAUGUAGCGAACCUCCCCUUCUGCUCUCAAUGCAAAGCGCCUCGACUGGCUGCUGACCGGACGGAAAAGUACCGGCCCCCUUGGCAAAAGGUGCUCUACCUCAAGCAGCCCUACGAGGACAACUACACCGACGCGUCAUUCCUCAGCUCGAUGAUCACAAACGCCAACUUUGUGAAGAGGGACUACUGGACGGUGGUGCGCGACUCCACCGUCAUCUCGCAGCAAAUCUGCACGGUGGCCGUCGUGUCUGCAGUUUCCGCUUUAACUCUUUUGGGGGCCCUUUCUGCGACUGCUCUGCUGGCGGUAGAUGCAGCCAGCCUGCUGCUGGGAUACGUCGCUUUUCUCCUCAAGGACCCGCGCCACUGGCGGCGCGAGACCGUCACACGCAAUGCCUUCAACUGCGCCCUUUUUGUCAGCGGGGUUUACAUCCUCUCCCCCGUCCUGCAAACCUUGACCCGGUCCAUAAGCUCUGACACCAUAUGGGCCCUUUCCAUCGGCCUCUUACUACUGCACCUCUUCUUCCACGAUUACUCCUACUCCAGCACGUACAGCACCAAGUUCUCUGGCAGCAUCUCCAUCAACGCCGCCAUCUUCGCCUCGGUCCUAGUUUCCUCCCGCCUCCCCUCCCACAUGCAAGUCUUUGCGCUUGUGCUCUUCUCCGUAGAGUUCUUCGUCCUCUUUCCAGUGCUGAGGCACCACGUCAAGAAGUACUCUCAGAAGCGCCACGUCACGCUGUCCCUGUCAAUGGUCUCUCUUACAACAGGGCUCCUGCUGCCGCUAAGCCCGCUCCUGACUGCCCUCUUCCUGGCGCUCAUUCUGUCUGUCACCUUCAUCUGCCCCUACUGGCUGAUCAAGAUCGAGAAGUACAAGUAUGAGAUCCAUGGGCCGUGGGACGAGGCCAUGCCGGGACAGGCUACAGGAAGGCCAAGAUGCUCAAGGGGGCUUGAGGAUUCGGAGCGAUCGCUAAACAGGUGUCGCCUGGUCGUGCGACUGCUUGCAUGCUCCAAUAAAUCCGUCUCAAGCCUCAAGAAUUUGUUCGGAGGACAGAGUUUUUGCAGCGGGAGCUGCGCUGCAGGUUUCAACCCUUGCUACAAUGUAGAUGGGUCGCAGCUGACUUGCUGCACCUCGACCUGCCUCAACUGCGAUCUGUCCACUGGUAAUCCUCCCGGCACGACCCCUGCUCCCACCACAACCCCGGCCUCAACGGUCGCCCCCACUCCUGGCCCUACCACAACCCCAGCCCCAACUGCGAAUGGCUGCCUGAGCGGCGGGCGGUGCACGGGCUCCUGUGCCACCGGUUUCAACCCUUGCUACAAUGCUGACGGCUCGCAGCUGACCUGCUGUACCUCUGCCUGCGACAUUUGCAACCUGGCCACUGGCGACGCCCCUGGCGUCUCCCAAUCCCCUACCGCAACCACCACUGCCUCUCCUACCCCUACCCCCACAGCAACUGCCUCUGCCACCCCUACUCCAACCCCUACCCCCACUAAGGUCUCUGCCCCGGCCCCUGCCCCCGGAGCAGAUGGUUGCGUCGUGGGGGGGGUGUGCAGCGGCACUUGCUCUGCGCCCCUGAACCCUUGCUUCAACGCAGCUGGGACCCAGCUGACUUGCUGUGUGAGCUCCUGCGACCAGUGCACUCUGGGGGCCGCUCCUGGAAACGACGUCACCUUCACGGUGCUUCACAACAAUGAUAUCCAUGGGCGUGUCCAGGCUUCGGAUAGGAGUUUCAUCGAGUGCAAUGCCGCACGCCAGACUGGCACAGGCGACUGCUACGGAGGAUACGCCAAGAUGGCCACCGUCAUCGACCAGGAGCGUGCCAAGGACCUGCCCGUGUUGGUCGUGAACGCGGGAGACGAGUUCACGGGCACGCUCUGGAGUCUGACCUACCUCGGCAAGGAGUCGUCCACCUUCCUCAACCUCCUCGGCUUUGACGUCAUGACGUUCGGCAACCACGAGUUCGACAAGGGCCCCCAGGUUUUGGCCGACUACAUCUCGCAGCUCAACUUCCCCAUCGUGGGCACCAACACCGUGCCCAACCCCACGUCGCCCAUCUACAACAAGUUCCCCAAGUCCACCAUCCUCAGCCUGAAGAACAAGAUGGGCCAAGAGAUCGCGAAGAUCGGCGUCUGCGGCUGGGUCACCCCUGACACUAAGUUCACGUCAUCCCCCGGCCCCGACAUCAACUUUGCUGAGGUCAUCCCCUCCGUCACCGCCUGCGUUGCUGACCUGAAGAACCAGGGAGUCAAGAUCGUGAUCGGCCUCGGCCACGGUGGAAUUGAUGAUGAUCUAGUGGUGGCGAAAUCGGUUCCGGGCCUGAGCCUGGUCGUCGGCGGCCACUCCCACACCUUCCUCUAUUCGGGCACCCCCCCCAAGCUGAAUGUUGCCUUAAACCUGAGCGACACCACGCCGUUCCCCUACCCCAUCAACGUGCAGAACGACUUUGGGCCGAUCGUGCCCUACGUCCAGGCGUUCUGGGGAGGCAGGUACAUGGGCCGCUUCACGAUCACGUUCGACGCCGUGGGCCGGUUCAAGAACUUUGCCACGACGCAGCCGAUCCUGCUGGGCGGGAGCAUCAGCGAGAACAACGUCCCGGAGAAGCCGUCCGUUGCGGACCUCAUCCAGUCCCUCUCCGGACCCGUGGACGCUCUCAACGCGCAAAAUGUCGGCUCGUCGUCCGUCGCCCUCAACGGCCGCCCCUACCUCCAGGACCCGGUCACCGGGCCCGGCUCCGGGGAGAUCAACCUGGGCGACCUCAUCACUGACGCCAUGGUGUGGAAGGUCGCCCAGAACCCGGCCUUCGAGCAGGAGUUCGGCGCCAACGUGAUUGCGGUGACCAAUACUGGAGGGAUUCGCGUGAACCUGCCGGCGGGGCAGCUGACGCGCGGCCAGAUCCUGACGGUGCUCCCCUUCGGCAACGUGGUGACGAUCAUCCAGAUGACCGGCGCGGUGCUGCGGUCCGCCAUCGAGUUCUCCGUCGGCCUUUGGAACCCCACCUACGCGGGCAACCAGUUCCUGCAGGUUUCCGGCAUCAAGUUCUCGUUCGACCCGACCAAGCCCGCCGGGUCCCGCCUCCUGGAGCUGGUCGCCUUCAACCCGGUCGCUAACUGCUUUACCCCGGUCGACGACGCGGCGACCUACAACGUGAUCUCCAACGACUUCACGGCCGCCGGCGGAGACGGCUUCGCGCAGUUCGGGUCCUCCAAGAAGCUGCUUGCCACGGGGCCGGUGCUCGCGGACGUGCUCGCGGAGUACGUGCAGACGUUCUCGCCGAUCAACAUUACGACGGGCAUGCGCAUCAACGUGAUUACGGCCAGCAACCCCUUCGUGUCUCAGAAGACGUGCGCGCGCAAGAUGCGGCGCUUCCUGUUCCAGGCCAACUAGAGGAGGCGGGCGCGCGCGCCAGAUUUUUGUCCAAGAACUAAGUUAUUCGACAUUCAUAAGCUGGCAAUAAGUGCGGAGCCGAUGAGUCCGGCCCCGAGCAAUUAUGCCUGAGCAACCAUAAAAUUUUCUCGAUGACCCGAGUUAAGAGGUGUUGCCCAAUAACUAAGAAGGCCUGCAGUGUCACAAGGAGGACCGACUGCAGGAGGUUUCUCCUUGUUAAACGAUUGUGCACUUUACAGCCUCCUUAGUGUGAGUUCAUAUAUGAGUCCUCCUGUCCAGUAGGUGGUUCCAGUCUUUGCGUUUAGAGGUUUAGAGAGAACUUGUCGUGAGAGCAGAGCAGGUUCUAUAUCAUAGAUAUUUAGUGUAAUACAAAUAUUGUCCCCCUGAUUGAGUCUAGUCCAUGAUGGUUGUUCGCAGCUUCCCAACG